UUUUCUUUAGAUAAAGAAUGAGCAAAUGAAACUAUUAGUACUGCUUUAGUAGCAGAAUUUCAAUAUCCUGUUUCUCUUCUUCCUCUUGGAGAUUAACCAAAGGGAAAAAAGAAAGAAAGAAAGAAAGAGCAGAGCUAAUAAAGGAGAAGUUUGGAAGACUCUUGUAUGAAGAUGAUUGAUUCCUCAAGCCUAUACACAAUUGAAGUUUCUCAGAUUUCCUUCACUUUUCCAUCCUCCUUUCUUAGAAAAUCUUUUGUUGUUGGAACGCUUGAAUCCUCUUGAAACGUAUUUCCAAAGGGGAACAUGGUCCCUCUCAUUGUCUUGACAUUAUUCUCUCUUCUAACCACCUUUUCUUCUUCUUCUGCUACUUCAUUACUUACUGAUUUUCAUGCCUUGGUGACGCUCAAAAAAGGGUUUCAGUUCCCUGAACCGUUAUUAAGCUCAUGGAAUUCUUCGGAACCGAGUUCGGUAUGCUCUUGGGUCGGAAUAUUCUGCUCCGGGGGACGAGUUGUUUCGUUGGACUUGACAGACAUGAACAUGGGCGGCUGUGUUUCUCCUCAGAUUUCACGGCUCGAUAGACUGAUUAACCUCUCUCUGGCCGGCAACAAUUUCACCGGCGGCAUUGAGAUGGCAAACUUAAGUGAGCUUCGGGUUCUUAACAUCUCGAACAACCAGUUCAAUGGUGAUCUGGAUUGGAACUAUUCAAGUAUCGCUAACCUGGAAGUGUUUGAUGCUUAUAACAACAACUUCACUGCUUUACUGCCGGUUGGGGUUCUUGGGUUGAAGAAACUCCGGCACUUGGACCUCGGUGGGAAUUAUUUCCACGGCGAAAUCCCGUCGAGUUACGGCACACUAGUGGGGUUGGAAUAUCUUCAGCUCUCGGGGAAUGAUCUUCAUGGAAAAAUCCCUGGGGAAUUAGGUAACCUCAAGAACUUGAAAGCUCUUUACUUGGGGUCUUAUAAUGUUUUCGAAGGUGGUAUCCCUGUAGAAUUCGGUAAUUUGGUGAGCUUGAUUAUCAUGGAUCUUUCAAGCUGUGAAUUAGAUGGUCCAAUUCCUCGAGAACUGGGAAAUUUACAGUCUUUGGAUACACUCUAUCUGCAUAUCAAUCGACUUUCGGGUUCGAUUCCGAAGCAGUUAGGCAACCUGACAAGCUUGAAUAAUCUCGAUCUUUCGCACAAUGCGCUCACUGGAGAAAUCCCAUCGGAGUUCGUCAAUCUAAAGAAGCUUAGGCUAUUCAAUCUCUUCAUGAACAGGUUACACGGGUCUAUUCCGGACUAUGUAGCUGAAUUGCCCUAUUUGGAGACUCUGGAACUUUGGAUGAACAAUUUUACUGGUGUUAUACCGAAGAAUCUCGGUCGAAAUGGGAAGCUGCAGUGGCUCGAUUUGUCGUCCAACAAGCUCACCGGUACGAUUCCGCCGGACUUGUGUGUUUCUAAUCAGCUGAGUAUAUUGAUUUUGAUGAAGAAUUUCCUCUUCGGGAAUAUACCUCAAGAGAUGGGGAGAUGUUAUAGUCUCACUAGAGUAAGGUUGGGGCAGAAUUACUUGAAUGGUAGCAUUCCGGACGGGUUCAUCUACUUGCCCGAGUUGAGUUUAGCAGAGUUGCAGAGCAAUUACCUGUCGGGGAGAUUGGCCGAAAAUCGUAAUCGUUCAUCGAAACCGGUUAAGAUAGGGCGGCUUAAUUUAUCGAACAAUCUCCUCUCCGGUCCAUUGCCAUUUUCACUUUCCAACUUGUCUUCUCUUGAAAUCCUUCUACUUAGUGGAAACCAAUUCUCUGGUCCAAUACUACCAUCUAUAGGAGAACUCAGGCAAGUCUUGAAGCUUGAUCUUAGUAGAAAUUCGCUUUCCGGUAGUAUUCCGGCAGAAAUCGGAAAUUGUUUGCAUCUCAGUUACCUUGAUAUGAGCCAGAAUAACCUUUCUGGUUCAAUUCCACCUGAGAUUUCCAAUGUGCAUAUCCUGAGUUACUUGAAUGUAUCGAGGAACCAUUUAAAUCAAGCCAUUCCCCAAAGCAUAGGGUCGAUGAAAAGCCUUACGGUUAUCGACUUCUCGUUCAAUGAUUUCUCCGGGAAGCUUCCGGAAGCCGGCCAAUUCUCCGUCUUUAACGCUUCGUCAUUUGCAGGCAAUCCUCAACUUUGUGGUUCUCUCUUGAACAAUCCUUGCAAUUUCACUGUCAUUGCAGGCACCCCGGGAAAGGUCCCCGGGGACUUUAAAUUAAUCUUUGCACUCGGCCUUUUGAUAUGCUCUGUAAUAUUUGCCACUGCCGCCAUAAUCAAGGCCAAGUCAUUUAAGAAAAAGGGUUCGAAUUCUUGGAAGAUGACCACAUUCCAAAAGCUCGAAUUCACGGUUUCCGACGUCCUGGAAUGCAUUAAAGACGGUAACGUGAUCGGAAGAGGAGGUGCAGGGAUUGUGUAUCAUGGGAAAAUGGCUAAUGGAAUGGAAAUUGCAGUGAAAAAACUUGUUGGUUUUGGCACUACCAGCCAUGACCAUGGUUUUCGAGCCGAAAUCGAGACACUCGGAAACAUUAAGCACAGAAACAUCGUCAGGUUGCUAGCGUUUUGUUCCAACAAGGAAACCAAUCUCUUGGUUUACGAAUACAUGAGAAACGGUAGUCUCGGAGAAGCAUUACAUGGGAAAAAAGGUGGAUUCCUGGGAUGGAACUUGAGGUACAAGAUUGCAACCGAAGCAGCCAAAGGCUUGUGCUACCUUCACCAUGAUUGUUCGCCGUUGAUCGUUCACCGGGACGUUAAAUCGAACAACAUUCUACUCGAUUCAAGCUUCGAAGCACACGUCGCCGAUUUUGGACUGGCGAAGUUCUUGGUCGACGGAGCUGCAUCGGAGUGCAUGUCAGCUAUUGCAGGGUCCUAUGGCUACAUUGCUCCUGAAUACGCGUAUACACUAAAGGUGGACGAGAAGAGCGACGUUUACAGCUUCGGCGUGGUACUUCUAGAACUGAUCACCGGCCGGAGACCGGUGGGUGAAUUCGGAGAAGGCAUAGAUAUCGUUCACUGGGCUAAACUAAAAACAAACUGUCGAAGAGAAGAAGCGGUUAACAUCGUCGAUCCGAGGCUAACAACCGUGCCCAAAGAUGAAGCAAUACAUCUGCUGUUCAUCGCGAUGCUAUGCGUACAGGAAAACAGCAUCGAGCGUCCGACGAUGAGAGAGGUGGUUCAGAUGCUAUCGGAGUUCCCUCGUCAACCUCAGUAGCAAACUUCAUCUUCUUCUCUCAUUCACACUCAACAGACAAAAAUCUUGACCUGAUAUCCAUAUAUAUUUAAAGAUGGUGUUGCAGAUUUGUUGUUAAAGCUUGCUAUUUGCAAAGUAUAUAUCUAUUUUCUUUUUAUUUCC